AUAAUAUUUACUCCGGGAUUUCAAUAUGUCAGCGCCCAUAUUAUAGCAGACGAUUUACGUAACUUUCUACAAGUUUUGAUGUCCGUUGUCACCUAGGAGAGAAACACAGAUUAAAAAGACUGUAAUUUACUCUCUAUAACAGGUAAUUUUAAAUAUGGCUUCUAGUUCACUUGUACGAAUACCAUGUCGUCGUAUGAGUCAGAUGGCUAGACAGAAACGCAGUAGAGAACUUGUGGAUAAAAUAAUUCGUGUGGAUCAUGCAGGAGAACUUGGUGCUGACAGAAUUUACCAAGGACAGCUGGCUGUACUCGGGAAUACUUCAGUAGGACCAGUAAUUAAGGAAAUGUGGGAAGAUGAAAAGAUACAUUUAGAAACCUUCAACAAACUCAUUGUUCAACACAGAGCCAGACCUACUGUACUGUUACCAAUCUGGAAUAUAGCUGGAUUUGCUUUAGGGGCAGGAUCUGCAUUGUUGGGUAAAGAAGGAGCCAUGGCAUGUACUGUAGCCGUAGAAGCUGUGAUAGGGGAUCAUUAUAAUAGCCAGAUCAGAGACUUGAUGGAAGAUGACCCUGAAAAACAUGAAGAAUUAUUAAAGAUUAUAAAGAAGUUCCGUGAUGAUGAACUCCAUCACCACGAUACAGGACUAGAACAUGAUGCUGAAAAGGCACCUUUUUAUCAAGCACUAUCACAAGUUAUAAAAAUAGGAUGUAAAGGAGCUAUAUGGAUCUCAGAGAAGAUAUGAUCAUGUGACUUUAAAGAACAUAUACGAUCAUGGGAUUUUAGAUUUAGAUAUAUAUGAUCAUGUGACUUAAGAGAAUAUUAGGUCAUGUGACUAUAGACAGUAUGUAUGAUCAUGUGACUCCAGUGAAGUCUAGAAAGAACACACUUUUUUGUUAUUGUUAAGCUAUUUUUAUAUCUGCAAGAUCAUGAAUUAUUGAGCAGCUGAAUAGGUGUUAGAUUUGUGAACGAAAAAGUGAAAUUCUAUACAUGUAUGUAUCUAUGAUGUUUUACUUAUAAAUAUUUUAUUGGUUUUUA